AUGCGUGGACUCGGAGCCCGCCGCCUCUCUGCGCGGGAACUACAACUCCCAGAGUGCCUUGCACCGCCGCGACCAAGAUGGCCGGGAGACUCGCCGCCUUCCUCAGGAACGCCUGGGCCAAGGAGCCGGUGCUGGUCGUGUCCUUCGCCAUCGCGGGGCUGGCCGUCAUUCUGCCCCCGCUCAGCCCCUUCACCAAGUACUCCACCAUGAUCAACCAGGCCACACCCUACAACUACCCAGUGCCCCUCCGUGACAACGGCAACCUGCCCGAUGUGCCCAGCCACCCGCAGGACCCCCAGGGCCCCAGCCUGGAGUGGCUCAAGAAGCUGUGAACGCCUGUGUGGAGACCCCAAUAAACCUGCGGAGACCUCCGUA